CCUCCAUCCCUCCACGCUUCCUCCUCUCUGGAUGGUGCGUGAGGAGCGCUUACAGGACGGACUACAACGGGGGUUUCUGUCUGAUGGAUCCGGGCUGAAGAGGGACAAGCUCCGACCGGAAGAGACCCUCGAAGAUCCCGCAGCACAGACCCCGACCUGCGGCUGCGAAAAGCCGGGAGGAGCGGGCAGGAAACCGGGGAGCCACUGGAGAUCCUCCAUCAUCUGAAGGCCUCUCUUCCUGGGCUUGUCUCGGGAUUGUUUUUUUAAACAUGCACGCUCCCAAGAGUGUGUAGAGUCAAGAGGAAGGUUUUUUUUUUCCGUGUGUUACUUGAUUCGCAGAGAUGGGCUCGGUGGGAGCUGAGCGGCGCAGGCCAACGCCGGCUCAGACGCCCGAGGAGAGGGAUGUGUGGAGGGAUGGAGGGAGAGCUGGGUGGAGGGAGGUAGGCAGGGAGGGGUGGAGGGAGGGGAGGGAGAGCGGCGUGGUGCAGAGCUUCAGCUUCGACUCGUACCAGCUGGAGGAGGAGGAGAUCAGUAAAGACGCCCCAGAGCGAGGAGUGCUGGCGCUGUCCGAACCCGACUUUGAGGAGCCGAUCCCUGACGACCGUUACCAUGGCAUCUACUUUGCAAUGCUAUUGGCUGGCGUGGGUUUCCUGCUCCCGUACAACAGCUUCAUCACCGACGUGGACUACCUGCACCAUAAGUUUCAAGGGACGUCCAUCGUGUUCGACCUGAGUCUGACGUACAUCCUGGUGGCUCUGAUGGCUGUCAUCCUGAACAACGUGCUGGUGGAGCGGCUCAGUCUGCACACCAGGAUCACUGUGGGUUACAUCCUGGCUCUCGGGCCGUUGCUCUUUGUCAGCGUGUUUGAUGUGUGGCUGGCCAAGUUCACCACAGGACAGGCUUACGUCGUCAACCUGGUGUCAGUGGGAGUGGUGGCCUUCGGAUGUACAGUGCAGCAGUCCAGUUUCUAUGGUUACAUGGGGAUGCUGCCCAAGAGGUACACACAGGGGGUGAUGACCGGAGAGAGCACAGCAGGCGUGAUCAUCUCUCUGUCGCGUAUCUUCACCAAGCUGCUGAUCCCGGACGAGAGGAGGAACACGCUCAUCUUCUUCCUGGUGUCCAUCAGCAUGGAGAUGCUCUGCUUCCUGCUCCACCUGCUGGUGCGCCGCUCUCAGUUCGUCCGUUACUACACCAGCCACGCCCAGGGAAAAGAAGCGGGGAAACUUCCCGACGCACGAGACAACGGCACCGGAUACAGAGUGCACCACGACGUCACCGCAGAGGAAGUAAGAUUUGGAAAUGGAGCCACAGCGCCGACCUCUGCAGAAGAAGUCGUUGAGGACUUUGAGGGCGGGACGUAUGUUCGAUUCGACGCCCCGAAAGCAAAGAUAAGGAGGAGCUGGCCCAGGGUCCGAGACAUGAUCCUGCAUCGUUAUGUGGUCUCCCGGGUGAUCUGGGCCUACAUGCUGAGCAUCGCGGUGACCUACAGCAUCACUCUGUGUCUGUUCCCCGGCCUCGAGUCCGAGAUCAGAAACCCCACGUUAGGAGAGUGGUUCCCCAUCCUCAUCAUGGCCACCUUCAACAUGUCCGACUUCGUGGGCAAGAUCCUGGCAGCGCUGCCCUUUGAUUGGUCCGGAGGCCGCCUGCUCUUCUUCUGCAGUCUGAGGGUGGUCUUCAUCCCCCUCUUCGUCAUGUGUGUUUACCCGGCCAGCGCCCCCACCCUGUCUCACCCCGCCUGGCCCUGCAUCUUCUCCCUCCUCAUGGGAGUCACCAACGGAUACUUCGGGUCCGUGCCGAUGAUCCAGGCCGCGGGAAAAGUGCCGCCCGAACAGAGAGAGCUGGCAGGAAACACCAUGACGGUCUCCUACAUGUCGGGUUUGAUGUUGGGCUCCGUCGUGGCGUACGCUGCCUACAGCUUCGCCGCUCCAGCAUCAGAACCACCCUUCUCCACACUCAGCAUACAUGCCAAUGCUACCGGGUACUGAAUGUCUACACACAAUAAAAACACACACACACAUACCUGCAGCCAUUUACACACACACAUAACAUCCAGAAGAAGCAGACUGGUGGACUUGAGCUGCAGAAAAGGAGAAGAAAAAACUCUAAAGUUCAUGUGUAUACUCUGAGAUUGAUUCUCUUUGUCCAGAUCAUUCUUCGAUUUGGCUUUCUGGAUAAAUAAGUGGAAGAAAAGAUGAAGAAUAUUAUGUAAAACAGUGAAAACGUAGCUCUGUUGGUCCACUGACCUUCAAAUGUCACGUCUCUGUUUCCCCGGAGGAGAGGAGCUGUCAGGAAGCCAACAGAAGCCCUUUGAGUGUGUGUGAACACACCGGCUGACAUUUUGUACGGUGUAAAGUCAAGCGGCUUUUCGCUGCAGGGAAAGAAACAGCUUUCAUAACGACGGGUCACAUAUGUUACAUUUCAUCAUGUGGAGAAAAUAUGUCAGUGUGAUUUUUCUGGAUCAGUUAUUUCAGAUUUUAUUUUCUUGAUUAUAAUCUUUGACAACUUGGAUCAUUUAAAAACAAAAGCUACUUAAAAGGAACCCAAUUAUAUUCACAGUGAAACAGAACCUCCUAUCUAAGAUGAUUUAUUUGCGAUUGUCAUGGAAUUGAGACCGAUUUAAAGGGAUAGUUUUAGAUUUUUUAAAGUGGGGUUGUAUGAGUUACUUAUCCACAGUUAGUGUUUUAUCUACACAAAUGUAGAUGUUGUUUUGAAAGCCCCCAGUUAUUUAUUGGAAGGAAGCUAACUUAUUUACGCAGUCGGGAUAACAGCGAAACGUGUUUUAGACACCCAAAUAAAAGGCCCAUCUAAAAAAGCGAUAUCAGGUUAAGUGAGUGCUAUAUUUUGAGGAUUCUUACCGCUUUACUUUGCUGUCAUACAGCCCGUUCCUAAGGGAGAUUAAAGCCUUUAUCAAUGCUGUAUUCAAAGCUACCAGAAUCCAUUGAAAAAACACACAAAAAGAGCAAAGACAGAGUUUAAAUAUUUGAGUAUUUAAACCAGGGGGGUCAAACUCAAAUACACAGUAGGCCAAAAUAAAAAAAUGGGUACUAGUGGAGGGCCGGACUGGUUCAAUGUUUAUUGCAGAACGUAUUGAAAUGAACUUGUUGCACAUAUUAAACCUGGAACUAACAAAGCUUAAAUUAUUGCCUAUCAAAACAAAAUUAAACAUUAAAUAAUCAGUUGCAUUCAUUUCUUAUGGCUCUAUCUGCAGCUUCUCCGGAGUCAUUUCUUAU